UUGAAGCGCCACGAUGGGUUUUCCGUCAAGCCAUGCAUCUAAAUAUUCGUCUUACAUGUAGUACUAUUUCAUUUCUCCCACCUCCGAACAAAGCCCAACAAAUCCAAGCUCACAAAAUUCGAAAGCAGAGUCCCGUGAGUAAAAGAAAGAAAGCUUACUCAACCAGCGAAAUUUUAGGCUUCUUCGAUUAGGGUAGCCUGGAAAGGUCGUCCUUUACUCCAAUGUUCGUAGGAGAAGCCAAUAAAGCCAGAUAGCUGGCUACUCCCACAUUUUCUAAAUGGCUCGAUACUUCGGGUUCUCCUGAAUUAGUGAGGGACUGAGAAGGACAGCUUCUUGGUCCCUGUUGUAUGAGCCACGAACAAUUUGGUGGAGGUUUUUGAGGGAAGAUGUCGAGCGUGAAAAGUUACUGCGCAUUUCUUGGGACUGAGCUGCAUGGUUCUUUGGAAGGUAGCAGCAACUGUAGGAACCUCUUUCAUCUGGAGACGAGGGGGUUGCCAAAAAGGGAUCGUCGUAGAUGUGCUAUAUCUGCUAAACAAAGUAAUCUAAUCAUCCAAGAAUCCAGGUUUUCGUAUUUUUCUGGAGAAAAUGUAGAGUUUUUGAGGAGAUCCCUUAUUUUAAGGAAUGGUUCGAGAUUAAAAUGCAUCAAGGAACCCUUUUCUCGAAGCAAGGACCUGCUUGGUUAUUUGAACCCUUUAUGGAAAGAGGGGCUUCUUUUGGUAAGAGCCUCUGUUUAUACAGCCGUUAUAUCCGGAAUAUGUCUAAUGGCGUGGUACGGGCAGAAUAAGGCCAAGGGUUUCAUUGAAGCCAAGCUGUUGCCUUCUGUUUGUUCAGCAAUUAGUGAAUACAUUCAGCGGGACCUCGAGUUUGGUAAGGUUCGAAGAAUAUCACCGUUAAGCAUUACAUUGGAAUCAUGUUCAUUUGGGCCACAUAAGGAAGAAUUUUCAUGUGGUGAGGCUCCCACGGUCAAACUUCGAAUUCGCCCCUUUGCAAGUCUGAAGAGGGGAAAAUGGGUGAUCGAUGCUGUUUUGUCCCAACCUAGUGUCGUGGUAGCACAAAAGAAGGACUUUACUUGGUUGGGAAUACCACUAUCAGAAGGUGGUGUACAGAGACACUUAUCAACCGAAGAAGGGAUAGAUCAUAGGACGAAAAUCAGAAGGCUUGCACGUGAGGAAGCAGGUGCUCGCUGGACGAGAGAAAGGGAUGCUGCAGCUAGGGAAGCUGCUGAGGCGGGCUACUUCAUUUCUGAGUGUUUUGGUCUGUCUGAGGAUGAUGAUUUAAAGGAGAUUGCAACUCCUGCGGUACAAGGGAAUCCCAAAUCCUUUUUCUCCAUAAACGAGGAGAAGCAUGAUCAUCAUUGCAUGGACACUGGCGUUGAUUAUGAUAUAAAACAUGCAAAGUUGGAAAAAUCAUUUGGGGUGAAAUUUCCUGGUUCUGGGCUUAGAUUUUGGUCCAGAGUAAUAAAAAGGGGUAAGGCACACAAGUUUAAAAGGAAGGCUAAUGGGAUUGACAUUUGUGCGUCUGGCAUUGCCAUCAAAAGAAGAAUUUUUGAACGCAGUGCAACGGCUGCUCGUGCAUAUUUUUCUGGUCCACAUGGGAAGUUUGGGGAUGCUUCAUCACCUUCUGAGUGUUUUUGUUUUAUGAACCAUAAUGAGCUCCCGGUUAUCAGUGAGGUUGACAAAAGUGCAGAAUCUGUUGCCAACAUUGAUGAAAAUAGAAGUGAUAGUAGCAAACUAGGGACACAUGUCAGAGAUUUGGGAAUUUGGUCUCCUGCAAUUCGCGAAGAUGUUAAUGGUCAUUCAGAUUAUGUCAGUUGUGACCAAAAUUCAUCUUUAGAGACGAAAGAGAGUAAAUUUGACAAUUUGAAGUCUGGUGGUGAUGUUGCAGAACGUGGUAAUGUUGAUAGUUGUAAAGAGGAAAAUGAGGAGAUGGGACUUGAUAUUGCUGACAAACAAAUUGAUGAUAACAUGCCAGGGAUUCAAAGAGGUUUAACAUCUGAAAGUCCAAGUUUCUCCCAGCCUAAGCCUAGAUUGGCAACAUAUUUUCAAGUGUCCAUUAAACCAUUGAUUCUGAAAUCUAGCUCAGUCUCAUUUUUUAGAAAUGUUGGGAAGUUCUUAUGUUGCUUCCUUUCCAGUCCCAUUCAAAAUUUGAAGCCCGACUUGGGUCUGAAAGUUGAAGAUUUUGUUACUGAACAUGUUGAUGGUGUAGGUGUUCAGCAUUCUGAAGGCAUUACUAAUAUGCUUCCUGUUACAGUGGAUUCUGUUCAUUUCAGAGAUGCAACGGUGAUGUUGCUUGCAUAUGGUGACAGAGAAGUUAGGGAGAUGGAGAAUGUCAAUGGCCUUGUGAAGUUCCAGAACCACUAUAGCCGCAUACAUGUGGAAUUGAGUGGAAAUUGCAAGACUUGGAGAUCAAAUAUGAUGUCUAAAGAUGGUGGCUGGUUGUCUGCCAAUGUUUUUGUUGACAUUAUUGAGCAGAAAUGGCAUGCUAACUUAAAAAUUGACAAUCUGUUUGUACCGCUAUUUGAAAGGAUCCUAGAAAUUCCAAUAACAUGGUCUAAAGGGAGAGCCAGUGGUGAGGUUCACUUGUGCAUGUCAAGGGGAGAAACUUUUCCCAAUCUUCACGGACAGCUAGAUGUGGCGGGCUUGGAGUUCCAGUUAUUGGAUGCUCCAUCAUCAUUUUCUAACAUGUUGGUUAGUUUACGUUUUCGCGGCCAAAGAAUAUUCUUACACAAUGCAAAUGGCUGGUUUGGCAGCAUUCCUCUAGAAGCAUCAGGAGAUUUUGGCAUUCAUCCUGAAGAAGGAGAAUUCCAUCUCAUGUGUCAGGUUCCUAGCGUUGAAGUGAAUUCCCUGAUGAGAACUUUUAAGAUGAGACCUCUCUUAUUCCCUAUUGCUGGUUCAGCAACUGCUCUAUUUAAUUGUCAAGGCCCAUUGGAUGCUCCUGUAUUUGUGGGUAGUGCAAUGGUUUCUAGGACAUUCUCUCAACUGCAUGGUGACCACUCUACAUCCGCAGCAUUUGAAGUACUCGCUAAAAGUAAAGAGGCUGGUGCACUAGCAGCAUUUGAUCGCGUUCCUUUCUCAUAUGUGUCUGCCAAUUUCACUUUCAAUACUGAUGACUGUGUUGCUGAUUUAUAUGGAAUUAGGGCAAGCCUUAUAGAUGGUGGUGAAAUUAGAGGGGCUGGAAAUGCAUGGAUAUGCCCAGAGGGUGAGGAGGAUGAGACAGCUUUAGAUGUGAACUUCUCUGGAAGUCUGGCCAUUGAUAAAAUCAUGCUUCGUUACAUGCCCAGUUAUUUUCAAUCUUUCAAAUUAGGGGACUUAAAUGGAGAGACAAAAGUUUCAGGACCUCUUUUGAAACCGAGAUUUGAUAUAAGAUGGACUGCAGCUAAAGCAGAAGGGUCUUUUAGCGAUGCUAGGGGAGACAUCAUUAUCUCUCAUGAAUACAUUACCAUCAAUUCUUCCUCAGCUGGAUUUGAUUUGUAUACGAGAGUUCAAACAUCUUACAUUGAUGACUUUCCUCUUAAAAGAGAAGAGUUUUAUGCAACAAGAACCAUUCCAUUUACUAUUGAUGGAGUUGAGUUGGAUUUGCGUAUGCAUGGCUUCGAAUUCUUCAAUUUGGUUUCUCCAUAUACUUUUGAUUCUUUAAGGCCUUUGCAUCUCAAGGCAACUGGAAGGGUUAAGUUUCAGGGGAAGGUCUUGAAACCUAGUACUGUUGAUAAGGAACAAAAGUUUGAGGACAGGCAUCAGAAGCAAAUGUUGGAGAAAGGAAGUUCAGAUGGGCUUGUUGGUGAGGUUUCAAUCUCUGGUCUCAAACUGAAUCAACUGAUGCUGGCACCUCAGCUUUUUGGGUUGCUGAGAGUCUCUCCUGAGUGUAUCAAGUUGGAUGCCUCUGGCCGGGCUGAUGAAAGUCUUGCAUUGGAAUUUGUUGGGCCACUACAGCCGAGUGGUGAAGAUGGUCCACAAAGCGGAAAACUGUUGUCCAUAUUCCUUCAGAAGGGUCAUUUAAGAGCUAACAUUUGUUUUCAACCCCUUCAUUCAGCUAACUUGGAGGUACGACAUUUUCCACUUGAUGAGCUGGAGCUUGCAUCCCUCAGGGGUACUAUACAAAGGGCAGAAAUCCAGCUGAAUCUUCAGAAAAGAAGAGGACACGGAGUUCUAUCUGUUCUUCGGCCUAAGUUCAGUGGUCUACUUGGUGAAGCCCUUGAUGUGGCAGCUAGAUGGAGUGGAGAUGUUAUCACUAUUGAGAAAACUGUUUUGGAACAACACUACAGUCGUUAUGAACUUCAAGGUGAAUAUGUGUUGCCUGGCACCCGAGAUCGAAGCCCUGUAGGCAGAAAGGGGGAUGGCUUUUUGAAAAAGCUUAUGUCUGGGCAUCUUGGUAAUGUUAUAUCCUCAAUGGGCAGGUGGAGAAUGAAGCUUGAAGUAAGCAGAGCUGAGGUUGCUGAGAUGCUUCCUCUUGCUAGGCUUCUUUCUCGAAGUGCAGAUCCUGCUGAUCAUUCAAGAUCAAAGGAUAUUUUUAUUCAGAGUUUGCUGUCAGUUGGAUUAUAUAGUGAAAGCCUUCAACAACUGCUUGAGAUAACAAGGGGACAUCAUGCUCCAUUAAAUGACGUAGUUCUAGAAGAUUUAGACCUUCCUGGUUUAUCUGAACUUAAAGGUCGUUGGCAUGGCUCUCUUGAUGCUAGUGGCGGAGGAAAUGGAGACACUGUGGCCGAAUUUGACUUCCAUGGUGAGGACUGGGAGUGGGGAGAUUACAAAACCCAGCGGGUCUUGGCAGUUGGUGCUUACAGUAAUGAUGAUGGACUCCACCUGGAGAAAAUUUUUAUCCAGAAGGAUAACGCCACCAUUCAUGCAGAUGGAACUUUGUUAGGGUCUAAAACAAACUUACAUUUCGCUGUCUUAAAUUUUCCUGUUAGUUUGGUCCCAACUCUGGUUCAGGUCAUUGAAUCUACAGCAACAGAUGUUGUCCACUCUCUGCGGCAAUUGUUAGCACCCAUAAGGGGUAUACUGCAUAUGGAAGGAGAUCUCAGAGGAAGUUUAGCAAAACCAGAAUGUGACGUGCAAGUAAGGCUCCUGGAUGGUGCCAUUGGUGGUAUUGAUCUUGGGCGAGCAGAAGUUGUUGCUUCUCUUACAUCAUCCAGUCGUUUUCUAUUUAAUGCUAAAUGCGAACCCAUAAUCCAGAAUGGUCAUGUACUCAUUCAAGGAAGUAUUCCUGUCACUUUUGUACAAAAUAGCACGUUACAGGAAGAGGUAGAAUUGGACAAAAAUGGGGCUACUUGGGUUCCUGAUUGGGUAAAGGAAAAGAAUAAGGGGAAUAUUGAUGAUGGCAGUGACAAAAAACUUUCUAGAGAUAGAAAUGAAGAAGGUUGGAAUACUCAGAUAGCAGAAAGCCUUAAAGGAUUAAAUUGGCAGAUUUUGGAUGUUGGAGAAGUCAGGAUUGAUGCUGACAUAAAAGAUGGGGGAAUGAUGCUGCUGACAGCUUUAUCUCCUUAUGCCAAUUGGCUCCAGGGUAAUGCUGAUGUCAUGCUUGAGGUCAGAGGCACAGUUGAUCAACCGGUUCUUGAUGGAUAUGCAUCAUUCCACAGGGCAUCUAUAACUUCACCGGUGCUACGAAAGCCACUUACCAACUUUGGUGGAACUGUUCAUGUGAAAUCAAACAGGUUAUGCAUCACCUCAUUGGAGAGCAGGGUAAGCAGAAAAGGAAAACUGCUUGUAAAAGGGAACCUUCCUCUUAGAACUAGUGAAGCAGCCCUUGACGACAAGAUUGAGUUGAAGUGUGAAGUUCUGGAAGUACGAGCAAAAAAUAUUUUGAGUGGUCAAGUUGACUCUCAGGUGCAAAUAACUGGUUCCAUAUUGCAACCAAAUAUAUCUGGGAAUAUUAAACUUAGCCAUGGAGAGGCAUAUUUACCUCAUGAUAGGGGUGGUGCUACUACUAAUAGAUUCCCAUCAAAUCAGUCUAUGCUUCCUCCUGCUGGUGUCAGUCAAGCAGUUGCUUCCAGAUAUGUCUCCCGUUUUUUCAGCUCAAAAUCUGCUGCUUCAAGGACCAAAGUUUCUCAAUCUUCCGUUAAGUCAACUCAAGCUGAAAAGGACAUGGAGCAAGUGCGGAUUAAACCAAAUGUAGAAGCCCGUCUUAGUGAUCUGAAACUUGUGUUUGGACCUGAGUUGAAGAUAGUUUAUCCUUUGAUUCUUAAUUUUGGUGUUAGUGGAGAGCUUGAGUUGAAUGGUCUUGCUGACCCCAAAUGGAUAAAACCUAGAGGCAUACUGACAUUUGAGAAUGGUGAAGUGGACCUAGUUGCAACACAGGUGAGGUUAAAACGAGAGCAUCUAAAUGUUGCCAAAUUUGAGCCUGAAUAUGGACUAGACCCCAUGCUGGAUAUAGCCUUGGUUGGAUCUGAGUGGCAGUUUAGGAUUCAAGGUCGAGCAAGCAAUUGGCAGGACAAACUUGUGGUGACCUCAACACGUUCUGUGGAACAGGAUGCGUUAUCACCGACUGAGGCUGCCAGAAGGUUUGAGAGUCAGUUGGCUGAAUCCAUCUUGGAAGGGAAUGGUCAGCUGGCAUUUGAAAAACUUGCAACUGCAACUCUUGAAAAGUUAAUGCCGAGAAUUGAAGGGAAGGGAGAGUUUGGGCAGGCAAGGUGGAGACUAGUAUAUGCACCACAGAUACCUAAUUUGGUUACUGUUGAUCCUACAGUAGAUCCUCUCAAGUCACUUGCCAGUAAUAUAUCGUUUGGUACAGAGGUCGAAGUUCAGCUAGGGAAACGUCUUCAGGCAACAAUCGUGAGGCAGAUGAAGGAAUCAGAGAUGGCAAUGCGGUGGACAUUGAGCUACCAGCUUACAAGUCGCUUGCGAGUGCUCUUACAAUCAGCUCCAUCCAAACGCCUUCUUUUUGAGUAUUCUGCUACAUCCCAGGAUUAGUUGGACUUGUUCCACAAGCAUUUUGUACAAGGGAAGUGGAUAUGGAAUCAUUUCCAGAUGUGCAGUAGUGUACACGCGCAUUGUUUUUUUGCUCGGAUUGAGCUCUAUUUGUACAGAAUAUUCAAUUUAUAAUAAAUGGAAAUACAUCAAUUUAGGCCCAA